CUCUGCGAGAGACUUUCAGCUGCUUCCUCUUUGUCUUGUAGCUCUUAGGAACCACUCUCUCUCUCUCUCUCUCUCUCUCUAUUUAUAUAUACCAAAUCUUACCUGCCCAGUGGAAAAAUUAGGGUUUGCUGCUGCUGAAGAAGGAGGAGGAGGAGAAGCAGAAAAGAUGAGCGCUUCGAAGUUCAUAAAAUGCGUCACCGUCGGCGACGGCGCCGUGGGUAAGACCUGUCUGCUCAUUUCCUACACGAGCAACACCUUCCCUACGGAUUAUGUGCCCACAGUGUUCGAUAACUUCAGCGCCAAUGUGAUUGUGGAUGGGAAUACCAUAAACUUGGGAUUGUGGGACACUGCAGGCCAGGAGGACUACAAUAGGCUCAGACCAUUGAGCUAUCGCGGAGCAGAUGUCUUCUUGCUCGCUUUUUCUCUCGUCAGCAGAGCCAGCUAUGAAAAUGUCGCCAAAAAGUGGGUUCCUGAACUGAGACAUUAUGCUCCCGGUGUGCCCAUUAUCCUUGUUGGAACAAAGCUUGAUCUUCGGGAUGAUAAGCAGUACUUUAUCGAACACCCUGGUGCUGUGCCUAUCUCUACUGCCCAGGGUGAAGAACUGAGGAAGGAGAUCGGAGCUCCUGCUUACAUCGAAUGCAGUGCUAAAACACAACAGAAUGUAAAAGCUGUCUUCGAUGCUGCUAUCAAGGUUGUUCUACAACCACCCAAAAUCAAGAAGAGGAAGAAGAGAAAAUCUCAGAAAGGUUGUUCCAUAUUGUGAUCAAGGAAAGAGUGAUUCCAGGAAGAAAGCAAUCGGCUGUAACGAAUUUGCCCCCAACCCCACUGUUUUUUUUAACCCUUUUCAUAAGUUGUUUCUCCAGGAAAGCAGGAACUUGUUGUCUGUAGUUUGAAAAUCUGACAAGUCAGAGAACUUCCUAUAAUAAAAUUUCUAGAUUGAAUUCU